AUGUUUGGCCGCUUGGUGGCGGGGAGGCUGGUGCAGACAGCUGCACAGCAAGUGGCAGAGGAUAAAUUUGUUGUUGACUUGCCUGAUUAUGAAAAUAUCAGCCGUGCUGUGGUUUUUAUGCUGGGAACAGUCCCAUUUCCUGAGGGAAUGGGAGGAUCUGUCUACUUCUCCUGUCCUGAUUCAAAUGGAAUGCCAGUACGGCAACUCCUAGGAUUUGCCGCGAGUGGGAAACCGAGUGCCAUCUUCAAAACUUCAGGUCUUAAACCUGGAGGAGGAAGCCAGCACCCUUCUGGGGCCAUGAAUAGUGUCCGGACUCCAUCUGUUGCUCACAUGGGAAGUUCAGUGGAAUUAUUGGACAGUCUGGCUCAGCAGACUCCUGUAGGUAAUGCUGCUGUGUCUUCAGUUGACUCAUUUACUCAGUUCCCACAAAAGAUGUUGGACAGCUCCUACAGUUUUGCUUCAUUUGAUGUCUCUCAGGCCCAGAUGACACCAAGUCCAUCUGAAAUGUUCAUUCCAACAAAUGUGGUUCUGAAAUGGUAUGAAAACUUUCAAAGAUGA